AUAUUAUCGCGGGAUCCAUUCAAUUGGACUUACGCGGGAACAUUGGGAUUUCUUUAUGAAUAUGGAGUCGGAACAACAAUAAAUCAACAGAAAGCGUUCGAAUGUUACGAAAUUACAAAAGAAAAUGGCGACAUUUUUGGGCAGGUUUCGCUGGGAAAUUGUUAUUUGGAUGGUCGGGGAGUGGCUGUCAACGCACAGGAAGCAUUACAUUGGUACAGAAAAAGUGCCGAGCUUGAUCGAGACCUUGCGCGUGCUUUCGAGUGGUAUCGAAAGGCGGCGCUCGCUGGUGAUUGUCAAGGCCAGUUUGCAGUCGCGAAUUUUUAUCUUUUCGGUACGGGGAUCACGCAAGAUUUUCGCAAGGGAUUCUAUUGGGCGCAUAAAGGAGCUAGUUCUAUCACCGCCUCCUCUUCAUCUAAUAGUAGCAACCACGGCGGAAAUAAUAGUAGCAAUAAUAGCAGCAACAGCAACAAUAAUUCCACAGCGGCUUGUAUCGGCCAAUUUACGUUGGCAUUAUGCUAUUCUCGGAGAUGGGGAACAAACACCGAUAUACACGCCGCAAUCCUAUAUAAUUAUCGAGCUCAUAAAAAUGGUGACAAUGAGGCAAUCGUUGAAUUGGUUCGCUUAUUUGAGCAUAAUAAUAUUAUCUUAUAA